AUGAUCGAGCGACGUCGCCUCCCAUCUGCAUCGUACUGUUCGCCUGUUGAAGAUGAGCAUUGGUCACGUUGUCUGUUCGCUGAACAGCCUGUAGUGAUCAUAGGCGGAAAUCGCGAUGCUACACAAAUCGCACGUCAUGUCGCUAAUAAAUUGCCUGGAGCGUCACCAUUUUUCGUCAUGGACAUGCCAUCAGUGAUGGCACGUGUUGACGAUUGGCAAGAACGUCUACCACGCGUACAGGCAUACUACGCUCUACGUUGUAACGCAGAUCCCGUAUUAGCCAGAAUGCUUGCCGAUUCGGCACAACUUGGAUUUGCUGUCUCAAAUGCAGAAGAACUGGCAAUGGCACUUGAACUUGUUUCGGCCGAUCGAAUCAUCUUUGACUGUCCACUUUGGACUCGCAAGAUUAUGAAAAUUGCUGGAGAAUUUGAAGUUGGAACUAUUGUCAUCGAAAAUGAGAAACAACUGCUGGAUGCUAUUAGCUAUGCACCCAAAGCUCGCAUACUAAUUGCCAUCUCGAUGAAUGGACAUAGUGAUGCUGACGACUCGCUAACAACUGAAAAAGGCGCUGAUCCGGAAGAAGUUGAAAAUCUGCUGAUGACUGCGUUUGAAAUGCGCGCCAAAGUCGUUGGAAUGAGCUUCAACUUGGGAGCAGCCACUUCGGCCUGCGCUUACUACAAAGCUCUUCAUGAAGUCCACGAGCUUUUCAUGUUUGCCAAUCGCAUUGGCCUCCAGCUCGACACUAUCAACCUUGGAGGCGGCUUUCCAGCAAGCAACAUUGACAAAGACCAACGCUUUCCAGAGAUGUGUGAUGUGAUCAACACUGGUUUGGAUCAGCUGUUUUGGAGCAGAGAGUUCCCAAAACUUAAAGUUGUUGCAACACCUGGAAGAUACUUUGCUGCUGCAGCAUUCGUACUCUGCACUAAUGUGAUUGGAAAGCAAGCUCUUGAGGCUCGUUUCAUCACUAAAGAUGAUUUCGAUGAUGGUGUCGGUUAUGUCUAUCAGAUCAAUGACAGCAUUUUUGGUUCAUUCGGUUGUGUGCUAGAAAACUCGCAUCUGGAAUGCAUCCCUCUAGAAGACGUCGCUGAUGCCCCACAGCACUUCGGCACUGUGCUGGGCGCUUCGCUUCAACCUGGCGACGUCGCCCAAUCGCUAAUUCGUUGCCGCCAGCUACGUGUAGGUGAUUGGCUACUCUGGAGAGAUGCUGGAGCGUAUACGAUGCCGCUCGAUGCCGAACAUGCGGCACCGCCGGUGUAUUAUUUCGCCGGCGUUGAUAAGUGGGAGCGUAUUAUUGGAAUUCAUAACAAAGCGACUGGUGGCGCCUAUGCUACCAGCGCUAACGCUAAUAACAGCUCGGAUACGAUGGACUCGGCAUCUGAUGGAGCGAGUGACGUUGAGAGUCUCGAUGACGACAACGAAGACCUCACCGAGUGCUUUGACCGCGUGUUUUACUACUCGCAGUGAGCAAAGGAGUGAUUUCACGAUCACCGCUACGAAUGCCACUGCCGAGCACAUUCGUCACGUCAAAGCACAAAACCCUACAAGUGCUGUGAGCCAUGGGCGAAAUCAUGUUGGAGCAGUGGCUCACAUCAGCACUCACUUCUGCUCCGUCAACCCCCAUCUUUUCCGACUCUUAGCUUACCUAGUGUUUUCUGUUGACUUUUUGAGUUUUUGGUCUUCUCAUGCCUCUCUUUGGUGCCCUUGUUAAGCUUUUUAGGCUUAGUGCUCCAAAUCUUACCCAUCUUCUCCCAUAAAUCUCCCUUUUCCAUGCCCUUCCUCUUCUAACGAUUACUAGUCAUCAAUAUUUAUAUUACGUGCUCCGGUUUUCUUCUCCACAGCUACGAUUCUAAGCUAUCAUUGUUCAUUCUUUAUGUGGAUCUAAGAAUCUGCACCCUCGCUUCUUUUCUCGGAGGUCAAGCCAUACCUCAAGCUCGUUUAUUUCGAUUUAUUUUUGAUUUUCCUAUCCAUGACUGCCUUUCGCAAAGCCACAUACUUUUCUUUCAGCCUCUCAGCUCUCACUUCUUAUCUUCAUCAUUUCUUGAGUACACACUUAUACAAAAUGAUGUGUGCUCCAACCAUAUGGUUUAUUGUUCUCGAUAUGUGCUUGGAGUGGUGUUGUAGCAGUACAUUUUCGUGACAAUUUGUUGAGAAAUAAUAGAGUUAGAGAACCAGUUGUGGACAUAUUAAUAAAUGAAAAAAUCCAUUGAACAGAACAUGCGUGCCAAAUAAGUGAUACCAGG